UAAAAGGAUUAUAAUCAAAUACGACCAUAUAUCAAUUGAUAUACAUGCAGUGUGUUUUGGAAUGAUUUUCUAAAAAUCGAAGAUGAUCGAUGUUAGUGCGCAUCUGAAUAUCUUCUUCUCUUUUGCAGGGUAUCAGUAAUCGCGCUUUUUUUUGUUUACUUCUGCUGUUGCCAAUGUAAUCUCUACCGUCAUAAAACAUAGCAAUGAACUCUGUGGUGUCGUAAAAGAUGAUUAGCUGCAUUUGAAACGCAACAAAAAUAUUAACAAUGCUGAAAUUUAUGGAGAAGAACAUGUUUCCUCAUAACUCAAGAAUCUUUUGGAAUAUACAUGUGUGCUAUGUGUUUAAAUGUGCCUUCCUGGCGGUUCUUUUGAAAGACUGCAUCAUCAGCGAUGCAACAAGGACACAAGAAGGAGAAGACGGAGGAGGAGGAGGGGGUGAAGGGUUCAGGAAUGGGGCGCCAGCACCACCCUUCCCUCGGGACUCGAACCCUGUACCCCAACAACCAGGGGCUUGCGCCCAAACCGCUCAGCCAUCACCGCAGUUUCUACCAGGCUGGCUUCCCGUUAAUAAUAUUCAUGUGGGCGGGGCUUCUCAGUCGAAUUGCACAGCGUUGGAAGAACUGGUUGCCAAGGUAACGCGUCAAAAUGAGCUGUCGCAAAGGAUUUUAUCUGAGAUUGAAAAUAUCCCCAAAUCUCAAAGAGAUUUUGAUGUUGGAGGCACCACCUCCAACAAACUCUGGAGGUAA